UAGUUUUCUUUAAAGCUAGUUUUGGAAGUGUUAACCAUGGAAGUGCCGAGACAGAGACCAAAAGGGUGCGGUCGAAAAAAGAUUGAGAUCAAGAAGAUAGAUGACCAGAGGAAACGAUGGGUGUCUUUUUCGAAACGGAAAAAGGGUUUGCUCAGCAAAGCCAGUCGGUUGUCGAAGCUGAGCGGGGAAGAGAUCGGCGUCGUCAUAAUUUCCGAACAGGGUAGGGUUUAUACCUCCGAUAAUGCCGAUGCGGUUAUUCAUCGUUAUCGGUCUCAAAGAGAUGUCAAAGAAGGCGAUGAUCGUAAUGAGAUGGAGACGACAACGUCGGGGCUUAAUACCCUAGCCUUGGCACUUGAUGAUAUCAAUGAUGACGAGGAAGACUAUGACAAUGAUGAUGAUGGCGGUGUUGAUAUUCAUUGUUCGUCGUCCAAAAGAUUCGACGAAGACGACGAUAACAAGGAUUCCGGUGCCGGUGGUCGUCAAUAUCUACCUCCAAGAAUUGUUAAAGAACGUAACGACCAUGACGAUGGAGGAACGAUAACAUCUAGGAGUUUAGAACACCAACAGCGAGCCUCGACCACUACAGGCGAUGAUGAUAAUGGAAACUCUAAGAAUGGAAGGGCGGUGGUGGAAUUUUUCAGGCUCAAUGAUGAGGAGAUUGAAGCGACAAAUACUUGA